UGACAGCGUUGGUGCACUGUAAAUUUUGUCAAUAGUCUAAUCGGCAAAAAAUUGCUAAUUAUUUGUUUCUCUGCAAGAUUUUAUAAGAUCGUUAUGUUUUCUUAGUUAAAUAGCUAUCAUUACAUGUAUUUAGGAUAGUUUAGUGGCUAUGAACUCAGUGUAAACACUGUCUUAAAUAACCUCAAUAUUUUGAUGUAAAUUGGCUUUGGUGUUAUAUUAAUUUCCCGCGAUGAGUGGCGGCAAGGGGUUUGGGUUCGCUGGGUUCACGAUGCCCAAGCGGAACCCCUCGAACGUGUCUCUGCACGCUGUUCCUCCGCCGUCGGCUUCUAUGCACGCCGUGCCGCCCCCUACAGCGGGGCUAUCCAAACAGGGCUACUCGACCAUGACUUCUAUCACUCAAAACGCCGUCACGGGCAACUGGGGCAGUUUAGGGAAGAAGCGAUCUAAAACAGAGGACGAGUACUUUGAUGAAGAUGAUGAGCCUGCUACUCCAGCGUUAGCAUACAUACCAGCUCCAGGCAGCCCUUCUUAUGAAGCUGCAUCCAGUUCCAAGCCUGACGAGGAUGAAGAAGACCCUCUGGACGCCUUCAUGGCGGGGCUGGAGCAGCAGGCGGCCAAGGACCUGGUGGCCAGCAAGGAGAACGAGGCCAGCGGCAAGAGCGACAGCGGCCGGGGCACUCGGGGAGACAUUGAUGAGUUGGACGAUGAAGAGAGCUACUACAAAUACAUGGAAGAAAACCCUCUCAACACUGGUGAUGAUGGUUCAGACAUAGAAAUAGAAUAUGAUGAGGAUGGUAACCCCAUAGCUCCCCCCAAAAAAAGGUUCAUUGACCCACUACCCCCUAUAGACCACUCAGAGAUAGUGUAUGAGCCAUUUGAAAAGAACUUCUACACCCCUCAUGAGGAUAUUGAGAAACUUACCCCAGAGCAGGUUGAGGAACUCAAGAAGAAUUUGGGAGUGAAGAUAACUGGCCCAGACCCGCCAAAGCCAGUGAGCAGUUUCGCCCAUCUUGGCUUCGACGAGCAACUCAUGAAGGCGAUCAGGAAGUCUGAAUAUACGUCACCAACACCUAUCCAGGCGGCUGGCGUGCCUGCGGCUUUGUCCGGCAGGGACCUUAUAGGUAUUGCUCGCACGGGGUCCGGUAAGACAGCCGCGUUUCUUUGGCCACUUCUCAUCCACAUUAUGGACCAGAAGGAACUGGCGCCGGGAGAUGGACCCAUAGGUCUAAUACUGGCCCCUACCAGGGAAUUGGCGCAACAGAUUUAUAUGGAAGCCAGAAGAUUCGGCAAGGUGUACAACAUACGAUGUGUGUGUUGUUACGGUGGAGGCUCCAAAUGGGAACAAACCAAAGCUUUGGAAGGUGGUGGAGCAGAGAUUGUGGUGGGCACGCCUGGGCGCGUCAUAGACUUAAUCAAAUGUAAGGCGACUAACUUGAAGAGAGUCACUUAUUUAGUUCUCGAUGAAGCCGACAGAAUGUUUGACAUGGGUUUCGAGCCUCAAGUGCGUUCGAUCUGCGCGCACGUGCGUCCCGAGCGCCAGGCCCUGUUGUUCUCGGCGACGUUCCCGCGGCGCAUCGAGCGGCUGGCGCGCGACGCGCUGCACGACCCCGUGCGCGUGCAGCACGGCGCCGCCGGCGAGGCCAGCGACCUCGUCACGCAGCACGCCAGGAUAUUCACUAAACCAGAAGACAAAUGGACGUGGCUACUUAAGCACUUGGUCGAGUUCCUGUCAGCCGGCAGUGUCCUAAUUUUCGUCACAAAAAAGUUGGAGGCAGAGCAGACGGCAGCGAGUUUGGGGGCGGCGGAGCACGACGCAUUACUGUUACAUGGAGACAUGGAGCAAGCCGACCGCAACCAGGUCAUCACGGCCUUCCGCCGCCGCGACAACGAUAUACUUGUCGCCACCGACGUCGCUGCGCGCGGUCUGGACAUCCCACACAUCCGCACCGUCAUCAACUACACGGUGGCACGUGACAUCGACACUCACACGCACCGCGUGGGCCGCGUGGGCCGCGCCGGCGUGCGCGGCGACGCCUACACGCUGCUCGACCGCCACCGCGACCGCGACUUCGCUGGACACUUGCUGCGGAACUUGGAGGGUGCACAGCAGGAGGUGCCAGAAGAACUCUUAAACCUGGCGAUGCAGUCAGCAUGGUUCCGCAAGUCGCGUUUCAAGAAGGGCAAGGGCAAGAACCUCAACGUCGGCGGCUGCGGCCUAGGGUACAAAGAGCGGCCAGGCCUGCCGCAGCACAACGACGACGCGCCCAGCGCGCCCGCCGGGGGGCCCGCCGAGCGGCCCGCCGGGGGGCCUGCUACCGAUCGCCUGGCCUCGCUCAAGCAGGCCUUCCGCUCGCAGUAUAACCAGUUCACGGCGUCGUCCGACCACUCGUGGGAGCAGACGCUGCAGUCGAUCCAGCCCGGGGUCAACGCCCCCGCCGCGCCCGACGACCGCGCCGAGCGCGUGCGCAAGAGUGGCAAGCGCAGCCGCUGGGAAUAGAUAUAGCACACCAAGUCACAAUUUUUUGUUUUGGACUUUAUCAUUAGGCAAUAAAGUUGAAAAUUGUGUGUUAACCCGUCGCGUCAUUUAUGCGCAAGAGUGGCAAGCGCAGCCGCUGGGAAUAGAUAUAGCACACCAAGUCACGAUGUUUUGUUUUGGACUUUAUCAGUAGGCAAUAAAGUUUAAAAUUGCUUAUUUAACCCGUCGCGUGAUUCAGUUGUUUCUUGAGCGCGUGCGCAAGAGCGGAAAGCGCAGCCGCUGGGAAUAGAUAUAGCACAAGUCACAAUUUUUUGUUUUGGACUUUAUCGCGCACUUAGUCGCGUGAUUCAGUUGUCUCCCUGAGCGACCGAGUCCGCCACAACAGACAGGCGUCAAGUCACAAUAUUUCAUUGUUUUGGACAUUAUCAUUAGGCAAUAAAGUUUAAUAUAUUUGGUAAUUAUUGCUUGGUUGGUAUACCCGCCGUGUGAUUCAGUUGUCUUCUUGAGCGAGCGCGUCCGCAAGAGCGGCAAGCGCAGCCGCUGGGAAUAGAUAUAGCAUAACAAGUCACAAUGUUUUGUUUUGAACUUUAUCAUUAGGCAAUAAAGGUGAAAAUUGUGUGUUAACCCGUCGCGUCAUUCAGUUGUUACCCUGAGCACCCCUAAGCGAGCGCAUGCGCAAGAGCGCGUUAUUAGUGAAAACCCUAGUAAUAAUAAAAGUUAAACGUCAAAGUAAAUUCAGGGAUAUUUUUUAUUUAGAUCACGUGAUAGUCGUAUUGCGCGCGAAAUAUUGGCGGGUGCAGUGCGCUUAUUUUUUUUUUUUUUUUGUGACAAGAAGCAAACGAGCAGACGGAUCACAGACAGCUUAGCACAAUUACAAUAAAUAGUGUAUUGCACUAGGGCUUUUGUUUCGCAAAAGGACGCCGAUACGAUAAGUAAAUUGUGAACUUUUUGAACCUUAUGGUGUGGACAUAAAGUCUGAAAUCCAUAAGAAUUUUUUCAUAUUGUGGCAGGUUAUACUCGUUCAUCGAUCAAUAUUAUCAUAGUGCUAAGGUUGCACUUAGAAUAAUGUACUGUGAGCUAAGUAAAUCUAUAUCAAUGAUAUUAUUCCUGUGCUAAAAUAUUAAAAUAAUGCGAUGAUAGUUCGGAUAGUUAAUUGUCAAUGUCUAUAGUGACAGCGAGUCCUUUUUGUUUUUUAUAAUAUUAAGCGUUUUUAUUAAUUUGUAUAAAUGAUGUUAAGUGUGUAUAAAAGAUGUCUGGUUUUACAUGUUGUUUGCUUAAAUGAUAACUUAUUUAAGACACAGAUUGUAUCACUGUUUUACCUAUUGAACUUUUCUGUCAAACUUAAAUAGCUAUGUAAAGAAGUACACAAAACGGAGUGAAAACAAAUAUGUGUGGAAUUUGUGUGUCAUUCGCCGAGGUUGGUGUGGAGCUUAAAACAAGGCGUGGUUACUGCCAGAGAAUACAUUUUUGACUUGUAUGUAUUUCGCUCACUUUAAAAAAUGAGGGUUAUCGUAUUUGCGCUCAUCAGUUGGCGCCACUAGCGAGUAAAGUCACUCAUCCGCCAGUAGCUAUUACAGUGGCGCCUAUUGGUUAACAAUCAUGCGAUAGGAGAGGUAACGUAUGUAUUUUCAAUCAUCAGUUGGCGCCACUAGCGAGCAAGCUCCACUCAUCCGCUAGUAGCUAUUACAGUGGCGCCAACUGGAGCAUGAUCAUACGAUAGAAGGAAAUUGAAGAAAUAUCGUAUUUCCAAUCGAUAGUUGGUGCAACUGGCCAGUAAAGUUCACCUUAUUCGCUAGUGGUAAUAUAGUGGCGCCAACUGCUGCACGAUCAUACGAUAGAAGGUAUAUCGUAUUUUUAAUCGCCAAUUGGCGCCAAAUAAGGUAGCCCUGAUAGAUUGGUAAAUACGUUCACUCAGUUUCACGCCUUGCCUUGAAACCCCUGCCAAUUUUUUUCAUACCGUGGCAUUAGUUUUAUGUGAAUUAUAAAAGAUAAUAUACAUAGAUCUUGUUAAUAGGCUAUGUGAUCAGCUAGUUUGAACUCUAGAAUUUUUUAAAAAUAUUAAUAACACAUCAGAUUCUGUUUAAUGACGUCAAUAUCAACAUUCAACAUGACGUCUCUGAGUGUCGCCUGUCAACUGGCAUAGAUUUAUACAUGUCAAAUGUCAGUAUGACGUAAUAUUGCUGUAGGGCGUGCAUAUAAAGUAUUAAAAUAUGAAUUUAAGUCAUACUUUCAGUAAAUAAUGAAUGAGUCGUAUAGCCUAUUAAAAUAAAGCAAAAACAAUCACGUUAACAUUUUAUUUUUAUAUUUAAAUGUCAAAUAUACUAGAGUUGUACGAGUAAAUAGAUAUAAAACACGUUUGUUCGAAGCAAUAAUAUUGUAAAAUACACUAUUUUUCCUACACCAACGAAUGAAAUCCUUUUAUACAAUACCGCUAAGGUAUUUUGUUAGUGCCCCGUAGCUAGUAACUCAUACAAUUUGACUGUCUUAUGUAAAGUCAGUGCCAAUAGAAUUUGCCAAUCUUAUAAAUAACAUCCCUAUUCAAUAUUAUAAAUGCGAAAGUAACUGCUUGUCUGUGUCGCUUUCACGCCUAAACCACUGAACCGAUUUCGAUGAAAUUUGUCAUAGAGAUGGUGAAUCCUGGUAAAGGACAGACGUUAGAUUUUAUCCCGGUUUUUGAAAAAAAAUCAUGUGGGCAAAGCCGCGGGCGGAAAGCUAGUAUAUUAUAAAAUCUACUAAAACAGAUAUGUGCAGAUAGCGUACAUAAUUUUGGGCAAACGCUGAAACGCAUCCCAAGUUAAAAUGAAGUAGGACUUGCCUUGUCUUGAAAGAAAUAAAGGAAGGAAAGAAAGAGACAAAACAACCGCUCAUUGCUAUGUUAGUCGGCCCUAUCCGAUUACAAGAUUGCCAGAUUCUAUCAGGGUUCUGUACAGUGUGUCAAAUACCGAGUGGUUAUUUAAAAUCUUUGUUUGAAAUGGAGUGAACGAUUGUAUGUAAAUUAAUUCAUAUAAUCUGUAAAUAGAAAUAAAUUAUAUUUAAGGUUA